CGGGAGGAUUUAUCCUGUGACUGACAGGCAGUGUGAAAAGAUAACGCCGGAUGGAGGUGGAGGUAGUCCUGUUUUGGAGUCGGUGGUUAAAUUAUCAUAACCCAAUUGCUCUCAGGUUCAUCUCCAGAUGCAACAUACCUUUUCAUUUUUUAUUUUUAUUUUUUGCGUUUCUGCGUGUACGCUCCGCCCGCCAGCAGCACAUGACGCUACAAGUUAAUACCAGGAUCUGAGUUUAUACUCUGAUUGAGGGCUUGAAGCUCAGCCCGCCCUCUCUGGUCUCUGUCUCUGCUUGUCCUGCUCCUCCAGAGCAGCUCAAACGGAUCAGACGCGGAGCGGUUCACGACAGAGCCCUGCGGAACCGAGGCGAAUAGAAACACUUUUUUUUUUUUUUUUCUGUCUCUGUGGUUCCUGUGAUUAAACUGCGUCGCUGUGCGCCGGGGCUCGCCUCUCUGCGGGGAAGGUAAGAAGAAAGGACAGACCUAGAGAGCUGACGGUGAAGCCAUCCGCAUCUCACCAACAUGCACACCGCAGACGGAGACCCGGACAUGAGCGGCGGCACGGCUCGGACUGCACCAGCAGCCCCGGCCUCACCGAGCCGCCCCCCCAGUGAGGGAGCAGUCAGUGUGCUGUGGUCGUUUGGGAAAUGCCUCGCUGCUCUCCUCCCGGUUUACCUGGCCGGAUAUUACGGCUUCAGCAUAAGCCUGGUGCUGCUCGGGCUGAUGAUCUACAUGGGAUACAAACACGGUCGGCAGGAGAAGGAGAUGAGGCUCAAGUCUUCCAUGUACCUCCUGGAGAACGAGAUGGAGUUCACCACUCAGAAGCUGUUCAGAACCAGGAGGGAUCUGCCUCCCUGGGUCAGUUUUCCAGAUGUGGAAAAAGUGGAGUGGCUGAAUAAGAUCCUGCAGCAGGCCUGGCCCUUUGUUGGCCAGUAUCUGGAGAAGCUGCUGGUAGGAACCAUCGCUCCUGCCAUCCGAGCUUCCAGCAUCCAUCUGCAGACCCUCAACUUCACUAAGGUCAACCUGGGAGAGAAGGCUCUGAAGCUGGUCGGUGUAAAGGCUCACACAGAGCACGACAAAAGACAAGUUAUGUUGGAUUUGUACCUCAGCUACGCCGGUGAUGUGGAAAUAAAUGUCGAAAUUAAGAAGUACUUCUGCAAAGCCGGUGUGAAGGGAGUGCAGCUCCAUGGAAAGCUGCGUGUGAUCUUGGAGCCCCUGAUUGGAGACGUGCCUCUGGUCGGAGCUGUUACGAUGUUCUUUAUUCGCAGGCCUAAGCUGGACAUCAACUGGACUGGACUUACAAAUCUGUUGGAUAUCCCCGGUCUCAAUGCCAUGUCGGACACGAUGAUCAUGGAUGCAAUAGCUUCCCACCUGGUUCUCCCCAACCGCCUCACUAUCCCCCUAGUGGCUGACCUGCACGUGGCGCAGCUUCGCUCCCCUCUGCCAAGGGGAGUUGUUCGUAUCCACCUGCUGGAAGCUGAGGACCUCACGGCCAAGGACACUGUCAUCAAGGGGCUGAUUGACGGGAAGUCGGACCCGUACGCCGUGCUGCGCGUGGGAACCCAGAUCUUCACCUCACACCACGUAGACAGCAACUUGAACCCGCAGUGGAGGGAAAUGUAUGAGGUUAUUGUCCAUGAAGUACCUGGUCAGGAGUUGGAAGUGGAAGUGUUUGACAAAGACCCAGACCAGGAUGACUUCCUGGGGAGGGCCAAGAUUGAUCUGGAUAUUGUGAAAAAGGCCAGAAUCGUGGAUGACUGGUUCAAUCUGAGGGACGUCGGCUCUGGCAGCGUUCACCUGCGGCUGGAGUGGCUCUCUCUGCUGUCCUCUGCUGACAGACUGAGCGAGGUUGUUCAGAAGAACCAGAACUUGACAGCAAAGACAGCUGAUGCCCCGUCUGCGGCCAUCCUCGCCAUCUAUCUUGACCAGGCGUACGAGCUGCCUAUGAGGAAAGGUAACAAGGAUCCAAGCCCAAUGGUGCAGAUUUCUGUUCAGGACACAACUAAAGAAAGCAAGACCUGCUACGGGACCAACAGCCCUGUUUGGGAGGAUGCUUUCACUUUCUUCAUUCAGGAUCCUCGCAAACAAGAUAUUGACAUCCAGGUGAAGGACGAUGACCGGUCGUUGUCUUUGGGCAGCUUGAUAAUUCCUCUGAACCGCCUUCUGGAAAGCAAUGAGCUCACCUUGGACCAGUGGUUCCAACUGGAAAAUUCGGGAUCAGGCAGCCGCCUCUAUGCCAAAAUUGUGCUGAGGAUUUUGUGGCUAAGUGAUGACGCCUCUCCCACAACUCCGUCUCCACCCCCUUCAGGCUCAGGAUCCGGAUUGGGUCAGGGAGACGUCGCAUCGAACCAGAACUCUGCAGGGUCCGGCGGGUUAACCAAACCUCAGCCAUCGCGACCACAGAACACCACCCCUGACCCAGAGUUUGCAACCGAGGGAGUGUUACGAAUCCAUCUGGUGGAGGCCCAAAACCUGAUAGCCAAGGACAACUUCAUGGGGGGGAUGGUGAAAGGAAAGAGUGACCCCUACGUCAAGAUCCGUGUCGCUGGUAUAACUUUCCGCAGCCACACCAUCAAAGAGAAUCUCAAUCCUGUCUGGAAUGAACUUUAUGAGGUGAUUUUGACCCAGCUUCCAGGUCAAGAGGUCCAGUUUGAGCUGUUUGAUAAGGACAUUGAUCAGGAUGACUUCCUUGGACGGUUCAAGCUUAACCUAAGAGACAUCAUAAGCGCCCAGUUCAUUGAUACGUGGUACACUCUAAAUGAUGUGAAAUCAGGUCGAGUUCACCUGGUGAUGGAGUGGCUGUCCAGAGUGACUGACCUACCGAGACUGGAGCAGGUAUUGCAGUAUCAGUCCCAACAGUCAUACCAAAACAAGGUUGUGCCAUCUGCGGCUGUGUUGUUUGUGUACGUGGAGCGUGCCCACGGCCUGCCGUUGAAGAAGAAUGGAAAGGAGCCAAAGGCCGGAGUAGAGGUUACACUUAAGAAUAUGUCAUACAAAACCAAGGUCUGUGAGAGAUCCACAUCUCCUCGAUGGGAUGAGGCAUUUCACUUUUUGGUUCGUGACCCCAGAGAUGAAACACUCACAGUGAAGCUUUCUCACAGCUGGGGCCAGACUCUUGGGUCCCUGACUGUCCUUCUGAGGGAGGUGCUGUCAGAGUCAGGCUUGGUGCUGGACCAAUGGUUCAAACUGGAUGGAGCACUGCCAGAGAGUCAGAUACUGCUGAGAGUCACUCUCAAGAUAUUGGACACCCAAUUAGCAGUGUGUCGUGCCACACCUGGAGCAGGUGGAGAUGGAGGUGUAGAGCAAUUCAUGCCCAGAUGGGAUCCUUCCCAUCUCGAUCUGAAGCACAGAAGUGGAUUUCCCAUCGCCGCGGAUAAUGGAAACUCAGCCAGCCAAGUGAAGCUCACUAUCGGCUACUCUGCAGACGAAAACAGGCUUUUCAUCAUUGUUCACUCCUGCAGAGCCCUGGCAGCCUGCUCCAAGGACGGUGCCGACCCGUACGUUUCUUUCGUCCUGCUGCCUGACAAGAAGGCCACAACCAAGAGACGAACUGCCACCAAGAAGAGGGACCUCAACCCAGAGUUCAAUGAGAGGUUUGACUUUGAUUUCACUCUGGAGGAGUCCAUGCAGAAAAGACUAGAUUUAUCUGUGAAGCACAGCGGCUCCUUCAUGAGCCGAGAGAAGGAGCUCAUUGGAAAGUUACAGGUGGAUUUGGACCAAAUUGAUCUCAAGGCUGGUGUCACACAAUGGUAUGAUCUAAUAGCAGAAAGCACAUAGAAGAAUCCAAUUUCUGGUACUAUUUAACACAAACCUGGUGUUGCUUCUGUGAUUUGUGCAUUUGUAAUUCAGCUUAAAUGGAAUAUUACACCAUCACUGCAACAAAAAAGAAAAAAAAAUGUGCCUCACGGAAACAUAAACCAUCAGUAUUUAUUGGGGGAAAAAAAUACACAAAUCUCAUUAUUCUCAAACAGAAUAUUUUCUGCACAAGCAGAUAAUUUCACCUGUUGGAUAUUUGACAAAGAUGCAACCGUGUUGCAUGACAAACCUGUGGUAUAUGUGCUUUAAAACAUGCACCCAUGCUGUUGACGUUUAUUUUUAAAAAAAUAAUUAAAUGCCUUAUGCUGUGUCAUUGAUUUACAAUUUCAACACAACAGAGAAUGUUCCUUAAAUGUUAUAUUUUACAGUCUUAAAGUUAUUCCAAAUAGUACUUUGUUUAUGUAUGUUUAUAUUAUUGCCUUAAGUAUUACAAAACUGUGCACAAUUUGUCUGUUUAUGUGUUUAAGAUGAAGUUUUAUAUGUCUUAUGUUUCACUUUUCUAAAGCAGAGUAUUACAAACCUUUAGGUUCUUGCCUAAAACAUAGGUGCAAUACUGUAAGCUGAAUCUAAAUCACUGUGCUUUUAGAAAGACCAACCUUUACAGAGUGCUGGUGUUACAGAAACAAAUACUUAUUUGUGUGUAAGUGUUUGGCGUAUCAGUGCUUUCAGUGAAACUAGAACUUUUCAAGUUGCGCAAAAAAAGACCAUGCUAAUGUUCACCACUGUUUAUAAAUGACACAAAGAGGUCAUUUGUGGAGCAGGAAAGAAAAUUAUUGUGCUCUCUGAACUGUAUAUCUGCUCUAGCUAGCAUACGUGGAACAUAUCAUUGUUCAUUUGCUAAAUUUGUUGAUUAAAGUUUGCACUCAUGAA